UCAUGUGAACACCAAUCAGUGUUGGGUUCUACAUCCGGGAUAUUUUGCUGAACAUUUUCAAAAAUCCGGUGAUCCGCCAUUUUCUCCAAGCCGUUUCAGAAGUCGCCUCAUGUGAAGUGUUGGGAGAAUAGAUUUCGAGUGGUAGCACAUUUUCGGAAGCAAUGAUCCUCAAGGUGAAGUACCUGAAUGUAAAGAAAUACAUCAAAAUACCCGAGCCAUGCAUGGACUUAUUCAUGACUGAAGUUAGACAAAAGUUUUCCAUACCAGAAGGCAAGAACUUGACUGUCACUGAUGAUGGUGGAACAGAAGUAGAUGCCGAUGUCUUUCCUGAAUUGGUGUCCAGUGAUCUCUGUUUCGUCAUUCAUGAUGCUGAUUCAGGAGAGUUUUCUCUCAGUGAGUCCUCCAGCCUCACUGAUACAUGCUCAUUGACAAGCAGCCAGGAUAGCAUGGCUGAAGUAAGCCUCUGUAAACAAGCACGUUUGGAAGAAGAGUUGCUACAGAGUGUCCCAGCCAGAGAUCUUGUGAAAAAGGUGUUGUUGGAUAAACCUGGUGGAGCAGCAGUCCUGAAGGAGUAUGAGGACACUGGAAGUAUUUGUGACAGUUCCAGGCGACAAAUGGUCAACAUUUUAGCUGCACACAUGACUGAAACCGAAGGGAGAGUUCCACAACGGCUGACAAGGGAGAAAUAUGCCCUUGGUAUCAUAACCUUGUUCCCAUCUCUGAAAGACCCAUUGUCUAGGAAAGGCUAUGAACACUUCUAUGAUGCCCAAAGUGGGUCGGGUUUCCUGGCCUGGCGGCUGAAGACGAUCCAGAGGAAGACGAAGCUUCACUCUCCAACUCCAAAUAACCCCAAGACUAUGACAGGAGGGCCGACAUGCGCCAGGGACAUCGGCCAGGGCGGUGAGCAGGAUGAAUCGUGCAAGGAGGCCAUUUCCCUCAUGACCCACACGAAUGACGAUGACAUCAUCUUCCAGAAGAUGCGCGAAACCUUCGCAUAUAGACAGAAACUUAUCCACAGCCCAGACACUUCGGCCAGUGUUCUGUCGGUUUUCCCGAGAUUGUUGGACACGAAAGGAUUGGUUCUUCAAGAUUUCAGCCUCCUUUUUGGAUCAGAGAUAUCCACCAGGCUUCUUGAAAGGUGGCCUUCCUACAAGCCCAAGCUCAUCAAAGAAGCAUCGUCACUUGCCCAAACACCACUGUUGCAGCGACUGUUGCAGUCGGCCAGGGAGGAGCCAGUGUUGUCAUCUGCAGACAACUUGCAAGGAUGGGACAGUGAUAUGUCUACACUACUCCUGCUCUUGCACAUCCUGUCACCUCAGUCUACUGGGAGGAAGAGGACCUACAAGAUCAGCACAAGUCGAGCAAUGGACAAUCUCGUGGUGUUUCACAAGUCAUGCCAGAGCCUUGAUGAGCACCUUGAUGCAGAUGACCAUCGACAGCCAUAUCUGCUUGCUUCAGGACUCCACAAGAAAGCCAUCAGCAACUACUACAUCGUCAUGGAUAAGAAGCUAAUUCCUUGCCAAGGAAACACUUCUCUGGCGGCAUUCGACGAGCUCUUCAAGGUCCAUUUUGUUUUCAGUUUGAGCUAUGAUGAGAGUCUCCACACAAUGUUCACCUUCCUUCAGACCACGGUGUACAACAUCGACGUGGGAAGUACCAGAGAGUCUCCUAAAGUAAGAGAACUGAGAGCAAAGCUGAUGAAUGAUCAUGUUUAGGUGC